AUGGCGUCUGCGACAACAUUCUACGACUUCAAGCCUGUCGAUAAAAAGGGCGAGCCCUUCGAUUUCAACUCCCUCAAAGGCAAAGUCGUCCUCGUCGUCAACACCGCCUCCAAGUGCGGCUUCACCCCACAGUUCAAAGGCCUCGAGAACCUCUACCAGUCCAUCAAAGCCAAGCACCCCGAAGACUUCACCAUCCUGGGCUUCCCCUGCAACCAGUUCGGCAGCCAGGAUCCCGGCUCCAACGACGAGAUCCAGUCCUUCUGCCAGGUUAACUACGGCGUCACGUUCCCCGUGCUGGGCAAGCUGGACGUCAACGGUGAUAACGCGGCGCCUGUGUUCACAUGGUUGAAGGAGAAGAUGCCUGGGCUGAUGGGUCUGAAGCGCGUCAAGUGGAACUUUGAGAAGUUCUUGGUCUCGGCUGAUGGUAAGGUCGUUGGCCGCUGGGCUAGCAUUACCAAGCCUGAGUCGCUGGAGGAGACGAUUCUGAAGGAGAUUGAGAAGGCGAAGAAGGAUGGAACGGCGGCUUCCAUUCAAAAGGGAGGAGAGGCUACCGAGUAG